UUUGAAUAACUCUUCUAAACUGCAAUUGAUUGUGAUUUUUAAAAGUAAUGAUAUAUUUCAGCACUUAUAUUAAUUAUAUGUUUUCUAAUAUUGAGAUUUUAUCUUAUAAAUUCUUUCCUCAGAAUUUCGUUUGAAAAGAAUCCAAAAUGCAAAAUCUGGGUUUACAACUUCAGCUAAUGAUUCCAUUACCAGAACCACAAUGAUGUUUAUUUACACUUAAAAAUGUAUAAACUGCAAAGGGUUCAAGUACAACCACUUGAAGCGUUUGUUACAGCAUAAGGCUUUGCUUUUCUGGUGAAACUGUAGGUAGAAGAUUGGUUAGGGUUAACGUGCGCGCUUGUGGGACAGGUUAGGGCGUUAUCUUCGCUGUCUGUCAGUGUACCGUACUUCUCCGUAGACCCCUCCCACAGCUAGAGCCAAAAGAAUAAAAAAAAGAAAAAAGAAAAAUCAAGAGAAAGAAAGACUUCUGCUUGUGUCCUCUUCCUUUCCCCUACUCUCACACAUACGCUCUCUCACUCUAAAAAAGUCUCUCAUUGUCGUUGGUUUUAGACAGUGUACGCAAAAUCCUCGCCUUAUACUCUGCAGUUUUUCUUGUUUGGCUGCGAGUAAUGGAUAACCAAGAUCAUAGAAGAAAUCACUCAUCAGGUUUGUUUUUUCUUUUAGUUUUCCAUUUUCUUAUCAUGGGUUCGUCGAGUUCUUGUUUCUUUGUUUUAGUAAUAAAUCAAGUCCUUUUCUUGUUUAUUGUUGGGUCCUUUGUUUUCUUGUUUCUUUAUGGAGAAAGAUUUUCUGGGUUGUUUUGUUUAUUCGCAUCAUUGGGUUUUCUUUUAUUUUCUUGUACUUUGUCGUUUUGUGAUGUGAUUACGGGAAGACAUUUGUUUUUGUUUGUCGUCGUUGUUGUUGAAUUAUGUAGGACAUGAUAACCAUGGAGUUCAUGUAUGUCAUAAAUGUGGUUGGCCAUUCCCAAAUCCGCAUCCAAGUGCAAAACACAGGCGUGCACACAAGAAGAUCUGUGGUACUAUUGAAGGGUAUAAGUUAGUUCAAUCAGAGGGUUCUACCCAUUCUACUAUGUCUGAGGAUGAGCAUCAAUCUGAUGAAGAUCACAAAACCCCUAAUUUUGGAAAGAAGUAGUAAUGAGAAGGGCAGUGGUGCAAUAGGAGAUAGAUCAGGUAGAUCAGAAGACGAAGUCUUUGCAGAUGCUGUUGCGGAGUUUCCAGACAGUGGAUCUCGGAAGGUGAUUGAAGAGUCUCCAGAGGAUGUUAAGAAGCUGGCAACAUUCUUGGCAUCCGUUGCAAAUAAUGAUACAAGAACCACUUUAUCAUAUGAGGAUGAUGCAAUUACUGCUACCAUUUCACCUCCAAGCAGUUCAGCUGACAGCAGCCAUAUGCAAAAUACUGAAAUUCAAGGGAGUAGUUCGUCUGGAAGCGCACAAGACUCUCGACAUCAUGUUGUCAGUGUAAGCAUUGACUUCACAGAAAGAUCCUUAAGCGGUUAUAGAACUGAAGAAUCUAUGUACGAAUCCAGUGAUGAUAAAGGAGGUUCUACAUUUGACUCAAACCCCAUCCAACUUGAAACUGAAACAGAUUUGUUACAGAAGAAUCAUGAGAAAAUUGCUGGUGAGGUUGUGCCAGAGACUGAUGCAAAAGGGAACGAAGAAACACAGAAUAGAAAGAACAAUUCCAAUGAUGACUUUAUAGAGAAUGACAUAAAAGAGAAUGAAAAAAUAAAUUUGGAUAGACAGCUUCUGGAUGUUGAGGUCUCACCCAUCAAUAAUGCAGGUGAAGUAUCUGAGGUCUCUAAGUUAGGGAAACCAGAGGAUAAAACUUCAGAUCCAGAUGCUGGAGCUAUUCAAUUGAAGGAACAAGUUGAAGAUAAAUUAGAUUCUGAUAUAUCUUUAAAUAGGCUCUCUCCUGAAGUUGAAUCUGUUGAACUCAUGAAUUCUUCUAUUCAUACUUCUCAAAUUAAGGAGGAUGCUGUUCCAGAAGUGGCCUCUGGCUGUUCUGGCAGUUUCAUUGAGACUAGCCAUGGAGAGGAAAGAGGAAGUGAAGAAUUCCAUAUGUUCUCGGUUUCUGGCGAUAUACCUGAAGUGGAAAAUGCUGAGGCCAUGAUUCAAGGCUUUAAGGAUCUUAAUGGAGGGAGAUUAUCCCAAUUAGUAAAUGUUGACUCGCUUGAAAUAAGCAAUGAAGUUAAGGAGCCGGUUCUCAAGGAUAAUGCUUCUGUUUCUAAAGGCACAGAGGUGUCUGUUUCUGAUAUGCAUGUUUUGGAAGACAAGCUUGAACAGACAGGUGAGGACAAUGAGCUAGUUGUUGACAAAUUUCCUGAUGAAACUGAAGAUGUUAUGCCUCCGGUCAAGGUCACAGUUAAUGCAAGCCAAAGAAGAGAAGAAUUUGAUGACCAUGCAUAUGCUCCUGAAUCUGAGGUCGGGAAAAGCUAUACGGUUCGAUGUCCUGAAGAACAGCUACCUGUCGGUAAAAGUUCAUCACAAACAAGUUCUUCAGAACAUGCUUCAAAGGUCUUAACUGAUAUAAAUCCUGUGACUGCUCCAAUGGAUGCUGAAGUCGGGCAGAUAAUUGACACAUUUGAUGUGGAUGAUGCAGGUGAUGAUGAGAAGAGUAGAGUCGAAAAAUGUGAUAUAGCUGAAAAUGAGAGGUGUAGAAGAAUUAAAGAAGAGUGUUGUAUGGAAAAUCUAAUAGCAAAUUCUGAGGAGGGUGAAGUUGAAAGCUAUUGUGCAUCUGAAACUAAAACUGGGGAAGAUGAUCCAAUAUUAGGAUCAAUGGAUGGAAAUCAUUUACUGAAGACAACGAUGCCCAAGUCUGCUGAUGGUCUUCUGGAAAAAUAUAUUACCUCAGAGAAUGUAACUAAUGCUUCGGGGAGGAACUUAUCAGAAGCUGAAAGCAUACACUUGAGCAGCACGUCAAAUAAUCAGGAAGAUGUAAAGGAACUUGAAAGCAAUGGCAAUGAAAGGGUACUGGUGGAGGAUGCUGCCAAUGCUAAUGCAGGUGCUCAAUCAGAUAAUGUUGGGAACAAUUAUAAAUUACCAAAGUCUUCAGAUAGUUUUGGGGAUGUUGAGUUGUUGCAGAAGCCUUCAGAUAACAUUGACAAAAUUGAUGUAUUACAAAAGCCUCCGGAUAAAAUUGAGGAUGUUCACAUAUUACACAAGUCCUCAGAAGAACACGUGACACAAGAGACUCAACUUUCUCCUUUAGGUAUUUCAUCUUCCAUUCAAAACUAUGAGACUGUUGGAGAUAAUCCUGCCAGAGACUUUGUAGGGGCUGCAUCUGAGAAUCAAUCUGAGCCUUUUCCUGAUGAUGGUGAAAAUAAAUUUAGUACACAACAGCUUGGUGCAUCUGUAACUGACCUUUCUGUUGAUUCGGGUAGCCAAACUGAUAGCUUGGAAGGCCACUGGGGCUCUGUAUCAGUUCUUUCUACCCAAUCAGAUAUGCCAACUGUUGUUGACACUGAACCAAUGGCAUCAAAUGGUUCAAAAGCAUCAGCAGAAGCAGAGAGAACUGACUUGAAGAAGACAAAGCCUUUCCUGGAGGGGCAACAACAAUCUGAUAAAUCAGAUAUUUUUGAGCCUCCAUCAUUCAUGACAUUGGUUGAACCUAGAGAUGGAGACAAAGCUGCUGCUUCUGAAAUCCAAACUGUACAGAAUAUGCAACAACCAAAUGCUGCUUCUCUGCAAGCUGGUUGGUUUCCUUCUCUUACUCACGUUGUGAACGAGUCGCAAGGAAGAAAGAAGAACGAAGAAAGAAUCGCCAAGGUCACGAACUGGAGCACUGGAAAGCAACACACUCCCUUGAAGAGCCUUUUAGGUGAGGCCAACGCUGAAACCAAAUCCAAGUUGCCAAAUACCAAAGAAAACCUACCGCCGGUGGUUCAAAAUGAUGAAGCAAGUACAAAAGAUCAUGGUUCUUCACCAACACCGAACCUAAUUCUGGGUACUCAAAUGAAUGUAGCCGAGUCAAUCAAGAAAGAUGCAGGUAAAGAAUGGAAUUCUCCUGCUAGGUAUCCUGCAGAUAUCAAGAGAGAGAAAAGGAAAGUCAAGGGAAGGCCAUACUGGGCACAGUUCGUAUGCUGCUCAUCUGUAAACUAGGACAUUGAAAGCUGUAACAUGAUGUAGAGAAAUUGAUAAAUUUGAGGAUUGUAUGCCACUGCCCUGCUUAUAGUGAAGAUUGUGCCACUGAAUUUAGGUCAAUGUUGCAAAAUUUGAUUUACUAGUAUAUUAGGUAUAGUUUUUGAACUUUAGUAGACUUAAAAUACAUGAAAUGCUUAUGACUAGCAAUUGUCUCA